AUGUCCCAAGCCUCAUUGUCACCUGAAUAUUAUGCGGCACUAGAACAACUUCAACAAGGUUUUGAUUACUAUAAAGAUAAAUCCAUUGAAGAACAAAAACAUGCCUUAGAUGCCCUGCCCACAACGAUUCCGGAUACACAUACCGUGAAUGAGGUUAAAUUAGAUGAUAAAUUCGUGAUUAAAAGUAAAGAAUAUAUAGAGAAUGGAUUAAAAAAGUAUGAAGACGUUUUGGAUGAAAAUUGGAAAUGUUUAGAUAAUGGAUUAACUGGAGAAUGGAUUAGACUUAAGAGUUGUAAAGAUUCAGAAAGUGUCAUACUUUACUUUUUCGGUGGCGCUUUUUAUAUGGGUUGUGCUAAACAAGCUCGUUCCAUGACUUGUGAAAUUGCCGAAAAGACUGAACUCCCUGUUUUUACAUUUGACUAUCGCCUUAAUCCACAAUAUGAAUUUCCUUCUCAAAUUUGCGAUGCCGUAGCCGCAUAUUUAUAUCUUAUUAACCCUGGACCUGAUUCUGAAUUUAAACCAAUUGAUCCUAAAAAAAUUAUAUUUGCUGGAUCCAGUGCUGGUGGUGGAUUAGCUAUGGGUACCGCAUUAUUUAUUCGUGAUGUUGGUUUACCAUUGCCGGCUGGAAUUGUUUCUCCUUGGGUUGAUUUAACAGCUAGCAUGCCAUCAUACUGGGAACCUGAAAUGGAUAAAACCGACCACAUUCCUAAGUUGCUAGUCUGUCCUGAUCUUGGACCACCAUGUCCAAUGUCAAUUGAAUAUCUUGAACGUGCUAAGAUUGUCUCUGAAAGGAUUAAACAAAAAAAGCCAAACGUUGUCGGUCACCCUUCUUUUACUAAAUUUCCAAGACUUAGGUUAUAUUGUGCAAAUGAAGCUUUGGCUAUUCCUUAUGUUAGUCCAAUGUUGGCUGAAAGUUUGGGAAAUUUGCCACCUAUUUUAGUUCAAGUCGGUGGUGGAGAUAGAUUACGGGAUUCUGUAGUUUUGCUUAGCAUUAGAGCUUCUGAUCCGACUAAAUAUCAAAUACCUAAAUACGCUACUACAAAUUUUGAAAAUUCGCCAUUUAAGAAGCCCACAGAAGUUACACUUGAACUUUAUGAUGAUGCAUGUCAUUGUUUUCAGAAAACUCUUAAUGCCAUGGCAAUUAAUCCUAAUUGCGAAAUUAGAGAAUUUGAUGAGAAAUUUAUGGAAUGUUUAAAAUGGGAAAACAUUGGAGUUAUACCAGAUGUUAAAGAUGCCUAA